AUGGUGGCGCUGUAAGCACGUCUCUCGACAGCCUAUGAGGCGUCUACCUAUAUAUGUCUAUGAAACAUAACAACAACGCCAGGGGCGGAAGUGUCCGUCAGGGCAGAAAUCUCCUUCAAAAUAAAUGCAACAUACGGAACAUUGGUCCCUGGUGGGAGCAUAGCUCUUGCUCUUAUUCUGAUAAGAUUAACUUAAUAAUGCUCACGUCACAACACUACCUUAAUCUCAUCUGUCCAUAAAUCAUUCUCCCAGAAGGAUUGAGGCUUACACAGGUACUUUUUUGCAAACUCCAGUGUGGCUUUUUUAUGUCUGUGUCAGCAGUGGGUUUCUCCUUGGUCUCCUGCCAUAAUGCUACAUCUCAUUCAGAUGACUGACGAUUCAGAUGAUAUUUUUUUCAAGAUGGCACCGUGAGAGUGGCAGCGAGUUACAGCAGCUCCUGAGAACUUUACAUCUUUUUAGUUAUUUUUGUAGUUUUCUUCGCUUUUUUUUUUUUUUAGUUUUUUUCGUCAAGUAGGUGUGCCGCAUUUGUACAGGGCAAACAUGGAUGUACAAAUUGCAUUUCCCCUACAUUCCCCCUACUCCCUGUGCAUGCGUGGGUUUUCUCUGGGUACUCUGGCUUCCUCCCACAGUCCAAAAAUAUGCUAAGGUUAAUUGAUUAUUUUAAAUUGCCCGUAGGUGUGAAUGUGAGUGUGAUUGUUUGUCUGUAUAUGUAGCCCUGCGACAGACUAGCGACCUGUCCAGGGUGUCCCCUGCCUUCACCCAAGUCAGCUGGGAUAGGUUCCAGCACCCCCGCGACCCUAGUGAGGCUAAAGCGGUGUAUAGAGAAUGGAUGGAUGUUUACUACUGAUUUCGGAACUCUUAAGUUUACAUCUGCUGACCCGUUCAGCCACGGCAUUGUUUACAGUCGGGAACAGUUGUUGGCGCUGAGCAAGGCCAGGCCGCCGUUGUGGGAGACACCGGACAUCCCAGCGGAGCUCUGCAGGAGGAGGAAAGGAUGCCAGGCAGGAGUGAAGCAUCGGGAAAAGAGGAGACGCUACAAACCGUCUGUCUCAUCUGUAAUAAUGGGAAAUGUGAGGUCUCUCCAGAACAAGAUGGAAGAGCUGAUGGCGCUGACCAGGCUGCAGUGGGAAUAUAGGGAGUGCAGCCUCAUGACGAAGUCAUAGUUGAACGAACUCACUCCGGACUCACUUUUAACUCUGGAUGGAUUCCAUCUAGUCAGAGCGGACCGGAUCGUGAGAGAGAGUGGUAAAAGAAAGGGUGGGGCCCUCGCAAUGUAUGUGAAUGAGAGAUGGUGUAAUGCCGGGCACAUUAGCGUUAAACAGCGGCUCUGCACUAAGGAUGUAGAACUACUGACGGUCAGUCUGCAUCUGUUCUAUCUAGCCCGGGAAUAUUCACAUGUAAUAGCUAUUACUGGGUACAUUUCUUCCUGAGCUGAUGCGGCUGCAGCCUGUGAACUCAUCCACAGUGAAGUGUCCCAGCUGCAAACAUCACACACCCAAUCUCUUAUUAUCAUCUCAGGUGACUUUAAUCAUACAUCGCUUACUGCCACUGUCCCCAUUUUUACCCAGUACGUGAUCACAACCUGGUGAGACUGCAUCCCAUUUACAUACCUAUGGUGAAGAAACAACCCCCCACCUUAAGGUAUGUGAAGAAGUGGUCUGAAAAGGCCUGCAAGACAGACCCCAGACUGGGAUGUGUUGUGUACUCCACACGGGGAGGAUAUCAACUCAAUGACAGACUGUGUUACGGACUACAUCAACUUCUGUGUAGAGAACAUCGUACUGACCAGGAAAGUACAGUGUUUCUCUAACAACAAACCCUGGGUGACCCCAGAACUGAAGGAGAAGAGGAGGGUUUUUGGAUCUGGGGACAAAGAGGAGCUGAGGAGGGUGUAGAAGGGGAUAAAGAAGAAGAUAAAGGCAGACAAGGCCAGCUACAGGACCAAGAUGGAAUCUCACCUGCAGGAAAAAAACACAAGGGAGGUCUGGAGAGACCUGAGAUCCAUCUCUGGUUACAGCAGAGACCAUGAAAGGGGAGCUGCAGUAGGAUAUCGGGAGUGGGCCAAUGACCUGAAUCUGUUCUUUAACAGGUUUGACUCUGCUCCCACUCCUCCCCUCUCUCAUCAAAGCACCAACCAGCCAGCUCCUUCUUCACACCUCAGCUCUCUAUCACCAACACCUUCACCACCCCUCCCCCUCUCCCCAUCCCCCACCACUUCCGGACUCUACAUACAACCCCACCACCCCUCUUCCUCUCACUCCUCACCACCACCAUCACUCCUCCUCCUGCCACCCUCCUCCACCACCCCGGGGCCUCUCCAUAAGACCUGAUCAGGUGAGAAGUGAGCUUAAAAAAGAUCAAGACCAGAAAGGCCGCAGGUCCUGAUGGAUUCAGCUCCAGACCCCAUUAGAGACUGUGCAGAUCAACUCAAGCAGGUGCUGCUGCACAUCUUUAACCUGGACCUGAGUCUGGCAAGGGUUCCUGUGUUAUGGAAGACUUCCUGCCUGGUUCCUGUCUCAAAGACCAGGAACCCCAGGGAUCCUAACCACUUCAGACCUGUGGCCCUCACUUCUCAUCUGAUGAAGACCAUGGAGAGGAUAGUCCUCAGGAACCUCGGUCCCCACGUGAGCCCACAUCUGGAUCCACUGCAGUUCGCUUAUCCAGCCAAACACUGGAGUGGAUGAUGCAGUCGUCUACCUGCUGCACAGAUCGCUGACUCACCUUUUUGGGAAUAUUUGAUCACAUUUAAUAAUAUCUUAUUUAACCAACUAUGAAUUAAAUUUAAUCAUAACUCAUGUAAUCAGCAUUUAUUCUAAUUUAAUCACAACUAACCUUAUUAUGCAGUCAUAAUCAUAAUUGUAUUAAUGCACUGUUGCUUAUAAUAAAUUUAUGUUAACCAUGCAAAGCAAAUACUAGUGUGCAUAUAAUGUGCUUCUUUCAGCAUUGAUCCUCUGCAUACAGGCUGCAGGAGAUGUUGCUCAACGAGUGUUUAAGAUUAGACGUACCCCACGGCUUUAUCUGUCAUUGCUCACAAUCUGAUAUGGCAAAACAGCAGUGGCCAUUCCAUGGAAGAAGUGAGGAUGCAGUAGAGGACAUAUCUAAAAGUAGCAAUCAUGUACGCUCUGAAACAACCAGGUUAAAAGUCAUAACAGAUACAUUAAAGCACCAACCUGAAAGAUAUCUUAAAAGGAGACCAAAGAAACAUGGAAACUAAAAUAUAAUAUUUUACAUUGAUAUACCACACCUAAAACAAGCCAAAUUGAAUGUCUUAAAUAGUAACUAAAAGAUAGAACAAGAAGAAUUCUAUAAAACAAUAAGCUAAAUGGGUCUGCCCUAGUCAGUGAUCAAAUAGUUAAAUAAAUAUUUAAUUAAAUAAUUAAAUCCAAGAAAUAAAAUAAAUAGAACUCAAAGUUUGAGCACACAUACAAGGAAACUCCCAAGGCAAGAGGUUAUGCCUGAGUUAUUUCGUAACCUUAAGAGCUGACACGUGCAAACAGCAGGCCCCUCGAAACAACGUGAAGAUUAACUGGCUUGGACAAAGACUGAAGACACCUGAUGAAUGUGCUGUAACUUAGAUCAAUCAGAUAGAAGUCCAUUGUCAGAUUUAAACCUCUGUAAACUCUGCAUUAGUGUUUUCCUUGUGACGGUUGAUUGCAGAAAUUCUCCGUAGACUAGACAACUGCUGUUUGCUAGAUCAAGUGAGAGCCUGUAUGCAUACAUUCUGAUCAUCCAAUGCUACUAAAUAUUCUUGAACAAACGUUUUAUUUUUGAGUCUUCAAUGAUCCAGAGUGAUUCCUCUAUAGCAAAAUAAUAAACAUGCUCUAACAACCUGGAGAACACCGGUAGCACUGUGAGGGUCAUGUUCCUUGACUUGUCCAGUGCUUUCAGCACAAUCCAGCCUUCUCUGCUCAGGGUGGAGCUCGAAGGAGCGGGAGUAGACUGUCACCUGGCUGCAUUGACCAUCGACUACCUCACCAACAGACCACAGCACGUGAGGCUUCAGGACUGUGUGUCUGAUGUGGUAGUCAGCAGCAUGGGGGCCCUACAGGGGACAGUGCUCUCUCCCUUUCUCUUCACCCUGUACACGUCAGACUUCCAUUAUAACUCUGGGAGCUGUCACCUCCAGAAGUUCUCUGAUGAUACAGCCAUUGUCGGGUGUGUAUCUGAGAGGAACAAGCGGGAGUACAAGACAGUCAUCUCUGACUUUGUUGACUGGUGUGAGCGAAACCAUCUGAAGCUCAAUGCCGGUAAGAUGAAGGAGAUGACCACUGACUUCCGCAGGAGGAGGACACCUCAGACUGCACCGGUGAACAUCCAGGGUUUGGACAUUGAGAUGGUGGACUCUUACAAAUACCUGCGUGUUUACCUCAACAAUAAACUGGACUGGUCACACAACACAGAGGUUCUGUACAAGAAGGGCCAAAGUCCUCUCCACCUGCUGAGGAGACUGAGGUCCUUUGGAGUGUGCAGAACUCUGCUCAGGACAUUUUAUGACUCUGUGGUAGUGUCUGCUAUUUUCUAUGCAGUGCUCUGCUGGGGAGCGGAAGAGACUGAACAGACUGGUCAGGAAGGCUGGUUUUGUCCUGGACUGUUCCCUGGACUCCAUAGAGGAGGUGGGUGAGCAGAGAUAUUGGCAAAGCUCACAUUCAUCAUGGAGACAAUCCCUCAGCAUGAUGCUGUGGGGUCUUUAAGCAGCUCCUUCAGCAGCAGACUGUCACAAAAUACAUGUAACCCAGUUCUCAGACAGAAACUGGGGGUUGUGAGGCAAGAAUCACAGAUGUCCUGCUGUAAUUCACCUUAAUGGCAUUAAUACAAGUAAUGAAUGAAGAACUUGACAAGUUAUCUUCUUGGUUCAUGUCAAAUAAAUUGUCACUCAAUAUUAAAAAAACUAACUUUAUAUUUUUUGGAAUACAGCCCAAUACUUUUAAAUCUUCUUUGAAAAUUCAAAUUGAUAAUAUACCCAUCCAGAAUGUUUCCUCUGCUCGUUUUCUUGGAGUUAUAGUUGAUGAAUCCCUUAGCUGGAAACCACAUCUGAGUUUUCUUACUUCAAAAAUCGCCAAAGCUGUCGGAAUACUGGGAAAAAUCCGCUACCUCAUUAAUUCAAGAGUGGCAACAAUGCUAUAUUAUGCAAUGGUAUAUCCACAUAUAAAUUACUGUAAUAUAUCUUGGGCAAGUACCCAUGAAACUAAACUUCAGCCUAUUUAUCGUCUCCAGAAACGAAUUUUGAGAAUAAUAUUUCGUGUAGAUCGCAGACAUCCAUCUCAGCCCCUGUUUGCUAAAGCAGGUGUUCUGAGUGUCUACCAAGUCAAUAAUUUCCAAAUUGGUCAGUUUGUUUAUAGUUCUGUAAACAAACUACUACCUCAACAUCUAAAUUCUAUUUAUCAUUUUAAUAACGAAUUUCAUUAUUAUCCAACUCGUAGCAGCACACUUAUUAGAGCUCAUUUUGCUUGUAUAAAUCUGUCUGUAUUUAGUAUUCCAUACAGAGGAUCCAAAAUAUGGAAUCAGUUACCAACCUGGGUCAGAGUCCUUUCACAAACCAAAUUUAAAGCAGCUUUGAAAGCACUGCUUUUGAAAAAGAGUAAUUUUCCAUAUGGGAUAUCCUACUAACACCUGGUUUGUCUUUGGUCAGUAUGUUUUAAUGAGGUAAUAUUUACCCUGUGUAUAAUUUUAUGAACUGUUGGCAUGUUAUUUGUCACAUUUUUAUGUAUCUAUAUAAUGGUCUACCUGAGAAGGUUUUUAUUUUUUUUAUUUUUUUUGGAGGUUGUCUUCUUUCAAACCCCUUGAGGAUUUUUUGGCAACCUUCCUUCACAUUUUUAAUGUAAGAAAUGCAAAUUGUUUGUUUAAUUUUGUGUGUGAAAAUUAAAUCAAAUGGAGCUUUUCUGUUGGGAGAGGAGAGAAUUCUGGACCUGUCCAGUGUCCGAGUUGACAGUUUGAUGUGGGUUUUAGACCCCCAUUGUCAGGGCUCCCUCCUCCCCACCUGACAUCCCAAAUACCCCUUUUCCCCCAUCUGUUUCCUCUCCCUCUCCUGUUCCCCUGCCCUGUCUGUCUUGCCUGUCUCCCAUCCGCUCCUCUGCCCUGUCUGUCUUGCCUGUCUCCCAUCCGCUCCUCUGCCCUGUCUGUCUUGCCUGUCUCCCAUCUGCUCCUCUGCCCUGUCUCUCCCCCUACAGCUCGGUGCCUGAGUGGAGUCUACCUUCCCAGCUGACUCCACUCAGGCAAUCAACCACCUCCACGACUCCCGGACAGCUGAGGGACAUCACGCUGAUUAAUCACCCCUGCAAUAAGAACCGGCCUCAUCCUUCCACUCCCUGCCAGAUUGUUGAACCAAGACACCUCAAUCAGCUGUCCGGGAUCCCCGCCAUCCUCCUUCCCCUCCGGCUCUCCCCAACCAAGUCAUCACCGGUUUUCCCCGCCUGGACCCCCAUUCCUGCCUGGACCCCCGUUCCUGCCUGGACCCCUUCUGUCCCUGCCUGGACCCCUCCGCUCCUGCACCCUGGUUUUCCCCCCACCGAGCCACUAUUUCACCCCCUACAAUAAAACACUUUCAUUCCAGCCAGCCUUGGUAGUGUGGCUCUCUGCUCGGGUCCAACCCGCUCGUUCGCGACACCCAUCCUAAAAGAAAAUGUUCCUUAUCUGAUUUAGCGUCUCCUCUGGAAUUCCAAAGACUAAGCGUGUCCGCUACCAUACAUACAUACAUACAUACAUACACAUAUAUAUAUAUAUAUAUAUAUAUAUAUAUAUCCAUCAUCGAUACACCGCCUAAGGGUCGCGGGGGUGCAAACGGGUUUAAUCCGGCCCGAGGGAUGAUUAUGUAAAGUCUAAAAAUGAGCUGCAAUUUUUCAAUAAACUGCUGUUCUAACUGUGUCCACUAGAUGGCGAUAGCAAUUGAGUUAGGCAAGCAAACUGUUUGUACCAGGGCAGAGCAAGUCGGUCAAGCAAGCGCAGCCAAUCCGGAUGAGCUACUGUGCUUUGCCCACGAUAUUUAUUACAGCUUCUACUUUUAGCAUUAUAUGCUUUGUCACCCACAUUGCCCCAAUAUGUCGCUAUCAAAAAAGAGAAAAGUGGACGCAGAGUGCAGAGUGUUCCAAGAAAAAUGGUCAUCCUCCUAUUUUUUCACGGAAAUGAAUGGGAAAGCAGUAUGUUUGGUGUGUUCGCAGCAUGUUGUAUUGCUGAAAGAAUAUAAUCUUCGUCGCCACUACGUGAGUUUUCAUGCCGACAAAUAUGACAACUUUCAAGGGCAGCGGAGAAAAGAGAAACUGGAUGAACUGUUGUCAGGUCUGAGAAAACAGCAGUCUGUUUUUACUCACAGCCGAGACAUCAGUGACGCUGCGGUGAAAGCGAGCUACCUCAUUGCUAAUGAAAUCGCAGUGGCUUCAAAACCAUUUAGUGAGGGCGAAUUUAUUGCCUUUUCAGUUGCAAUUGAUGAAAGCACGGACACUACAGAUGUUGCACAACUGGCCAUUUUCAUCCGUGGGGUUCAUUACACAUUGACCAUCACCGAAGAGUUCGUGGAGAUGGUGCCAAUGUCAGAUACAACGACAGCCGCUGAUAUUUUCUCUGCACUCGUCGGCGCCCUGGACAGGAUCGGAGUGGACUGGUCGCAUGCUGUCAGCCUGGCUAUGGAUGGCGCUCCCUCAAUGAUCGGUAAAAAAGCAGGUGUUGUGACAAAGUUCAGAGAGAAAGUGCGAUCUGCAAACGAAGGACGCGAUUUUUGGACUUUUCACUGUAUUUUGCACCAGGAGGCUCUGUGUUGCAAGUCACUUAACAUGGAUAACGUCAUGAAGGUGGUCAUCCAAACGGUGAAUUUCAUCCGAUUCAGAAGCCUGAAUCACUGUCAGUUUGACAGCCUUCUCAGAGAGAAAGACCACAUCUAUUGCUUGCCAUACCACACUGAGGUAAGGUGGUUAAGCCGAGGUGCUGUGCUGAGGCGUUUCUAUGACUUACGAGAAGAAAUCUAGCAGUUUAUGGAAGAAAAGGGCAAGUCGGUGUUAGAAUUUCAUUCCGGAGAAUGGAUGCAGGACCUUGCAUUUAUGGUGGAUGUUACCGAGCACCUGAAUACCUUGAACAAACAGCUGCAAGAGCGCAACAAAGUUGUCACACAGUAUUAUGACAGCAUACGCGCUUUCAAGUUGAAGCUGUCACUGUGGGAGACGCAACUCGCUGGUGGUGAUGCAGCUCACUUCCCCCGUCUGAAACGUGUGCGCGACCCAACGUGUCACCGACAUGAAGCGGUUCAAAGAUGAAAUCGCGGGACUGUUAUGGGAGUUUGAGCAACGUUUUCAGAUUUUUUGUGAACUGGAGAAAGACUUCAAAGUUUUUUGCUCGCCAUUCACCGUGAAUCCCUCUGAUCUGCCUGUCAACAUCCAACUUGAAAUAAUUGACUUGCAGUGUGAUUCAGAUGUGAAGGGCAAAUUUGCUGCAGCUGGCUUGGUCACAUUUUAUCAGAACCUCUUGCCAGGUUAUCCCAACUUGACAGCCCUUGUUGCAAAGCUGUUGUCCAUGUUUGGAACCUCAUAUAUUUGUGAGCAGGUCUUCUCUGUAAUGAGCAUUAAUAAAACCAAGCUGCGCUCAAGGCUCACACACAGCCACUUGAAUCACAUCCUGAAGUUGGCUGUCACCCAAAAUGUGACGCCUGAUAUUGAUGCACUGGUGAAAGCUAAAAGAUGCCAGACAUCAGGAACCAAAUAAACAAUGCAACCCCACUUAAAGUGCUGAAUGAGACACCUUCAUAUAGUUCUGUGGUCUGUGAUACUGUUCUGGUUCUGUGAAUCACUGAGGCAUUGUGUGUUUGUAUGUUCUUUAUCCUCAGAAUUUUCAAAAAAAAAACUUGAAGUGUUUUAUUAUUAAUGGUGAUGUUGUGUUUGUCCCAUUUUGGACAGUAUUAAAACAAAGAAAACAAUCUGAAGUUGUUGUUUUUACGUUAUAUACCAUGAUUUUACCAGUCUGGCCCAUUUGAGAAUAGAUUUUCCUCAAUG